AUGGCAAAAAUAUUCGAUGCUGCUGAAGUUGCAAAGCACAACAGUCCCAAUGACUGCUGGGUGGUGCUCUAUGGCGAUGUUUGGGAUGUCUCCGAAUUCCUCCCCUCUCACCCCGGUGGCUCCAAGAUCAUACUCAAGCUCGCAGGCCGCGAUGCCACGGAAGAAUAUGACCCCAUACAUCCUCCUGGCACCUUAGAAGAAAACCUCAAAGCCUCCGCCAAGCUCGGGAAGCUCGAUCCCUCGACAUUACGCAAGCCCAGCACCGAUGUCGCCGAGAAGGAACAAAUGAAAGAUGGACCACCGAAUAUGCACAGUUUGCUGAAUCUAGAUGAGAUUGAAGAGGUUGCAACAAAGCAAGUGUCGAAGAAAUGCUGGGCAUACUAUUAUUCCGCUUCCGAUGACCUUAUCUCGAAGAGCUUCAACAAUUUGGUGUACAAACAGAUCCUGUUACGGCCAAGGGUGUUUGUGGACUGUACGAAAUGCGAUACUUCGACUACGCUCCUUGGACAUAAAGUUGGGAUCCCGUUAUAUGUUUCUCCUGCUGCGAUGGCGAGGUUGGCACAUCCUGCUGGUGAGCGGGGUAUUGCUCAGGGCAUAAGCCCAUUCGGGGCCCUGCAGGUUGUCUCGAACAAUGCAUCUAUGACCCCGGAACAAAUUGUCGAGGGUUCAUUACCUGGUCAGAUCUUUGGAUGGCAAAUAUAUGUGCAAAAUGAUAGGAGCAAGAGCGAAGCCAUGUUGGCUAGGAUCAACAAGAUGUCGGACAAAUACAAAUUCAUUGUCUUGACUUUAGAUGCGCCGGUGCCUGGUAAAAGAGAGCACGAUGAGAAAACUCAGGAAAUUGGAGCAUCACUUCCUGUAUCAUCUGGUGUCAAGACUGCCGAGGAGCCAAAGAGACCCGGUGGUGGCGGGGUGGGACAGCAGUUGUUCUGGGGAACAGCUGCUGAUCUCACUUGGAAGAGUACACUCCAGUGGUUGGCAAAACACACUUCGAUGCCAAUUGUGCUGAAGGGCCUUCAGACGCAUGAAGAUGCAUAUUUGGCUGCGCAGUAUGCACCUCAAGUGAAGGCUAUCAUUUUGUCAAAUCAUGGAGGACGAGCUCUUGAUACUGCGCCUCCGGCUGUCCAUACCCUUUUGGAGAUCAGGAAAUAUUGUCCAGAAGUGUUCAGCAGAAUCGAGGUCUGGGUGGAUGGUGGCAUCAAAAGAGGAACAGAUGUCGUGAAAGCUUUGUGCCUAGGUGCUAAAGCCGUGGGCGUUGGCAGAGCUGCGCUGUUCGGCCUCGGAGCAGGUGGUGUCGAGGGUGUGGAGAGGACUUUUGAGAUCCUGAAAGCAGAGACAGAGACCUGCAUGAAGCUUCUCGGUGCCGAAAAGAUCAGCGAUUUGGGUCUAAAACAUAUCAAUACAAGAGCGGUGGAACGAGAUAUAUAUGACGGCCAUGCAGGGUUAGAGAAACUUGGCCUAUGGGUCAAGGCGAAUCUAUAG